CAUGUGGUCGAGUGGCCUCUCCGAGAUGGCGGUGGCAUGGAGAUCAUUAUUGCUGUGGCAGUGCCAGUCGAUUGACUUAUUCUCGUAGAAAUAGAUAAAACGCCGCAGCGAAAUAAAUCGCUUAUUUGUAAUGGAUUCAACAACAGUCAAGGUCAGGCAGGAGGAAGAUGCAUCGGAGCAAAUGGAAAUUUUGCACGACGGCCAAGGAGGAAGGAAGCAUAAACGCGUUGUUUUCACAGCAAAGUCAGCUAAUCGCAAUGCUGGCAAGAGAGCCAAAAACUAUUUGAGAAGCAAAGUCCGCAUGCUAAACUGGAUAGGUCACUACAACUUGGAGUGGGGCAUCAAUGAUGUGAUUGCGGGCAUCACCUUAGGCCUCACCAUCAUACCGGAGAGCAUUGCAUGUGCUCUGCUGGCAGGACUCCCAGCCAGAUAUGGGCUGUGCUCGGCGUUUGUGGGCCCCUUCAUCUACCUGUUCUUUGGGUCGAUUGACAAGGUCAUUAUCGGACCCACCAGCCUGGUGGCCCUUGUCAGCGUGCAGUUUACAGUGGGUAAACCCCUAGAGUUUGCCUUCAUGUUGACUUUUCUGAGUGGCAUUGUUCAGCUGAUAAUGUCCGGUCUACGAAUGGGUUUCAUCUUUGAGUUCAUUUCAAUGCCUGUGAUCAAAGCUUUCUCCUCGGCCACAGCCGUUUUGGUCAUUGAGUCACAGCUGAAGGUGCUCCUUGGCAUUAAGUACUUAGUCUCUGGUUUUAUAGAGUCGGUGAAGACCCUUUUCUCCAGAUACAGCGAAUCCAGUUCCGGCGAUCUCAUCAUGGGUGUAUGUGCCAUUGUGUUUCUGGUGUUAUUCGAGCUUCUGGAAAAGCUGGCCACAAGACGGAAUAUUAACAAAACCGUUGCCACCGUUUGUCGUUAUCUCUCCUUCUCUCGCAACACUUUGAUUGUGGUGAUAACUGCCAUAAUAUCGUAUAUCUGGCUGCUGUCGGAGCCACAGGUGCCAUAUGUCCUAAGCAUGAAUGCCUUAUCAGGAUUGCCAAACUUGACGCUUCCCGCAUUCACUAUUGAGGCGCCCGAAAAAACCUACACAUUCUGGGAAAUGGUAGCAGACAUGAAUGUUGGAAUUAUUGUUAUACCGGUCGUUGGAAUACUAACCAAUCUAUCCAUCGGAAAGUUGACUCCUAAGGGUAUGGUGGACACAAAUCACGAACUGUUGACACUGGGAAUGUGCAAUAUAUUCGGUUCCUUUUUCCAGGCGAUGCCAUCAUCGGGAGCCUUUACCAGAUAUGCCAUAAGUACAGCUUGUGGUCUAAAAAGUCCAAUGGCCAACUUGUACUCGGGCAUCAUAGUAUUGCUGGCUUUGGCCUUCUUAAGUCCCUACUUCAAUUAUAUACCUGAAGCUACAUUGGCUGCCAUCUUGAUUUGCUCCAUAUUCACCUUGCUGGACUUCAAACUGCCUUUGCGACUGUGGCGUGAAUCGAAAAGAGAUUUUGCCAUAUGGGUACUGUGCUUUAUUGUCUGCAUUUUAUGUGGCGUGGAGGUGGGACUGUUUGUGAGUAUUAUUGUCAAUGUGGCGCACUUGUUGUUCCUGUGGGCUCGUCCCGAGGUGUCUGUCAAAAUUCAAGAGAUGGAUGAAAUGCAGUAUAUCCUUGUGACAGCAGGCAAUGGCAUCUACUUCCCAGCCAUCAAUUAUUUGAGAGCCAAAGUGCUGAAGGCCGCUACCCAAGCCGAAUUUCAGAUUCCCAUUGUCAUUGACUGCCAUAAAGUCACUGGCCUGGAUUUUACAGCUGCCCAGGGUUUUGUCAAGCUUGCUGGUGGACUAAGGCGGGAAGAGGAAGACGAAAGUGAAGAAAAUCGAGGUGGCGAGGUGCUGCUGAUCCUCUAUCGCUUGGAAGUGUCGCUGCAAAAGAUGAUUGACAACGCUGACAAUUUGGUCUACUGCGAAGGGCAGGAAAAGUUGCGCGAAUUUCUCACCCAAGAGUCCCUGCGCAACGGUUUUAUUAAUCUCAAGGAACACAUCAGAGCCUCCAUAGAUUUAGGAUACAAAAUUGACAUCAAAGUAGACUCAUAGUUUUUGGUUUUAAGAAAUAAAUUCUCUUCAGGUUGUUGUGGCUGUGCAGUUUUUACCUCUGCAUUGCACUUCCUCCAUUUGUGUCAACCGACAA